AUGGAAGCCCAAAAUAAAGAGCUGGAAGAAAGACAACAGCACCAGCCGGACAUAAAAAUUAUUAAUGAGGGCUGGGGAAUCAAGUUUGCUCAGAGCCGAGAGCAGAUUGUGCACCUCAUUAAAGAAAACAGGCAAAAGAGUGCAGAACUAAAAGAAAUGACCAACCAGCUCCAAGACAAGAAAACGAUGACUGAUAAGAUACAACGGGAUCUCCAAUACAUGGACCGAAAAAAUCGGCUCCUCCAAAGACAGCUCCAUGAAGCUGUGGAAGAAAAGAAAGAAUUCCUCCAACAGAAGGAAGAGCAGGACAAAAAGCAACGAGACAUGCAGCACGAACUGAAGAGCAUGCAGGAAAAAUACCGCAUGCUGAAAGAAAGCCUGGAUGAAACACUGCGCCAAAAUAAAGACCUUCUUCAACAGAAAGAGCAACAGCAGGAAAGACUGAAAGAAGGAAAACGUAUCGUCCAGGACUUUGAGUCUAAAAAUCUAAAACUGCAAGAGUUUUGUAAUCAGCUGGAGGACAAAGCAACUAAAGUGGAAGAAGAAAAGGACAAACUGGAGAAACGCUGCUCACAGAUGCAGAGAAGGAUCGAUCAGAUAGCGAGAAACAACUCCGAGCUCGUUAAGGGGAUUUUG